AUGGAAGGUGCAGUCACGAACGUGUGCUUCAAUCUCUUAGACCGAAACGUGAGAAAAGGGGACGGAGAUAAAAUUGCCUAUUACUGGGAGGGCAAUUGCCCAGAUGACUACAGCCGCGUCACAUACAAAAAGCUCAUGGAUCUGGUGUGCCAGUUCGCUAACGCUUUGCGAGAUAAUGGCGUGGGCAAGGGAGACAGGGUCUCCAUAUACAUGCCCAUGAUCCUUGAGACAGUUGUCUGUAUGCUGGCCUGUGCGAGGAUCGGAGCAGUACAUUCAGUCGUGUUCGCGGGAUUUUCGUCGGAUUCCCUUGCGGAACGCAUGUCCGACUGCAAGGCGAAAGUUCUGGUAACGUCCGAUGGUGCAUGGCGCGGGGAGAAACUCCUGGAGCUGAAGAAGAUUUGCGAUGAGGCUAUGGAAAAGGCCAAAACCAAAUACAACCACACUGUGGGCUUGUGCGUUGUAGUCUCGCACCUCGAUAGAGUCACGCCCUGUGGAAAGCUGCCUGACGAUGUCAGGAGCUUGUACAACUGGAAUGAAGGGAGGGACCUGUGGUGGCACGACAUGGUAAAAGGGCAAUCGACGAUUUGCCCACCUGAGUGGAUGAAAGCCGAAGAUCCACUGUUCAUGCUUUACACCAGUGGCUCCACUGGCAAGCCGAAGGGCGUGUUGCACACCACAGCCGGCUACAUGUUGUACGCCACAGCCACUUUCCGCUAUGUGUUCGACUACCGCGACAAGGACAUCUACUGGUGCACCGCCGACGUGGGCUGGAUCACUGGACACACUUACGUGGUGUACGCGCCGCUCGCAAACGCAGCGACAUCGGUCAUGUUCGAAGGCACACCGUUCUACCCGGAUAACGACCGGUACUGGUCACUGAUCGAGAAAUACCGUGUCACUCAGUUCUACACCGCGCCCACUGCUAUCAGGGCCCUCACGAAAUUUGGCGACGACCACGUCAAAAAACAUAACCUGAAGAGUCUCCGCGUCCUGGGUAGUGUGGGUGAACCUAUUAAUCCAGAGGCAUGGCAGUGGUACUACUCGGUAAUUGGGAGCAACCGAUGCUCUAUCGUGGACACUUUCUGGCAGACCGAGACAGGAGGACAUGUGCUUACCAGUCUGCCAGGUGCCACGCCAAUGAAGCCGGGAGCUGCAGGUUUCCCAUUCUUCGGCGUCCAGCCGACCCUGCUCGAUGAGAACGGCAAAGAGAUUGAGGGCCCCGGCGAAGGCUACUUGGUAUUCUCGCGGCCAUGGCCUGGCAUUAUGAGGACGCUGUACGGCGAUCAUGAACGCUACAAGAAAGUCUACUUCUCUAAGUUCCCCGGCUACUACUGCACUGGUGACGGUGCGAAACGCGACGACGACGGUUUUCUUUGGGUUACUGGUCGCAUAGACGACAUGCUCAAUGUAUCGGGCCAUCUCAUGUCGACUGCAGAGGUCGAGGGUGUUCUGACCGAAGAGCCUAGGGUUUCCGAAGCCGCCGUGGUUUCUAAACCGCACCCUAUCAAGGGAGAGUCGCUGUAUUGCUUUGUCAUCCUGAACGAAGGCGCCGAAUUCGAUUCUGAUUUGAUCAACUCCCUUAAGAAGCGCGUCCGCCAGCGCAUUGGUGCCUUUGCCGCUCCUGAUGUUAUCCAAUAUGCUCCGGGACUGCCAAAGACCAGGUCUGGGAAGAUCAUGCGUCGGAUUCUUAGGAAGGUGGCCCUCGGCGACCACGACGUUGGGGACACCUCUACUUUGGCCGACCCGUCCGUUGUUGCCGAACUUUUCAAGAAUAGACCU